AUGGAUAUCACAGAAUUAUUACAGUGCUUCGCCUGUACUUUGGACCAUAACGCUGCCGUAAGAACUAAUGCGGAAACACAUCUUAAAAAUGCAAGUAAAGUACCAGGAUUCUUAGGCGCAUGCCUGGAUAUCAUUGCUGCUGAUGAAGUUCCAGAAAACAUCAAAUUAUCAGCGUCCUUAUAUUUUAAGAACAAAAUUACAUACGGAUGGUGUGCUGAUGCCAGACAAGGUUCAAAUGAAUUACUAGAUUCACAUGUCGAUCCGGAUGAAAAACCAGUAGUAAAAGACAUGUUAAUCAAAACAAUGGUCAGCGUGUCCAAGACCUCCCCGCGCUGUAUCAGAGUGCUAAAAUCUGCCCUUACUGUAAUUAUUUCAGAAGAUUACCCUAGCAAAAAAUGGGACAAUCUAUUACCAAGUUCCUUAGAAUUACUCUCAAAUGAAGACAUCACUGUAACAUAUGUCGGGCUCCUGUGUCUUGCUGAGAUUUUUAGGACCUACAGGUGGAAAAAUAAUGAUGAAAGACAGGACUUGGAGGAGUUGAUUUUAAAUUAUCUCCCUGCUUUAUUAAAUUACGGCGCAGAUGUCCUUUUCCAGGAUGGCAAAUACAUGAAUAACGAGCAAAUUGGCGAAUUGGUAAGAUUAAUCGUCAAAAUUUAUAAAUUUGUUUCAUACCAUGAUCUACCAUUUACAUUACAACGCCCCGAAUCAUUUACUCCAUGGGCAUGUUUUUUUGUCAGUAUCAUUCAGCAGCCAUUGCCUCAAGAAGUUCUGGCCAUAUCUGACAUUGAAAUCAGAAGUAAAAAUCCAUGGGUCAAAUGUAAGAAAUGGGCUCUUGCAAACCUUUACAGACUUUUUCAGAGGUAUGCAUCAACCUCACUAACAAGAAAGUUUCAGUAUGAUGAGUUUAAACAGAUGUACUGCGAACAGUUUUUGACUCAAUUUUUGCAAGUCAUUUUCGAGCAAAUCGAGAAAUGGGGAACUGGACAGUUGUGGUUAAGUGACGAAUGCUUAUAUUACAUACUGAACCUUAUCGAACAGUGUGUUGUUCAGAAGGCAACUUGGAAACUUGUUGGGCAGCACUAUAAUGUUAUUCUUCAACAUGUUAUUUUUCCGCUGCUAAAGCCUAGUCCUGAGACUUUGGAAACCUUCGAUAAUGACCCUCAAGAAUAUAUUAACCGGAAUAUGGACUUUUGGGAUGUUGGCUAUUCCCCAGAUCUUGCUGCACUAGCUUUGUUAACGACAUGCGUUACGAAACGUGGUAAAACGACCUUACAGCCGACCUUGGAGUUCAUGGUCUCAACUUUACAAAACGCCGUUGGUGACUACAACAAUAUUACGUUAGAGAAUGCCUUGCAAAUUGAGUCAUGUUUGAGAAUAUUCUCUAGCAUUAUUGACCGUUUAAUAACUAAAGAUUCUCCAUUUGCCAGUGAGAUGGAAAAGUUUAUAUUGACAUUUGUUUUACCUUUUUUCAAGUCCCAAUAUGGGUUUCUGCAAAGCCGUGUUUGUGACAUUUGUUCGAAGCUGGGUUCUAUGGAUUUUAAAGACCCAAUAAUAACCUCUACUAUCUAUGAAGGUGUUAUGAAUUGUCUAAAUAACCCCCAUAAUUCGUUACCUGUAGAAUUGACGGCUGCGUUGGCAUUGCAAACUUUUAUUAGUGAUGAUCAAUUUAAUAUGAAGUUAUCCGGGCAUGUUGUUCCUACCAUGCAAAAAUUACUAAGUUUGUCUAAUGAUUUUGAAUCUGAUGUAAUUUCAGGCGUCAUGCAAGAUUUUGUAGAACAAUUUGCUGAGCAAUUACAGCCUUUUGGUGUUGAAUUAAUGAAUACCUUGGUCCAGCAGUUUUUAAAAAUAGCUAUUGAUCUACAUGAAGCCUCUAAUUUGGAUCCAGAUUCCUUCGCGAACGUUGAUAACAUUCCCGAUGAAUCCGACAAGCAAAUGGCGGCUCUAGGUAUUUUGUCAACUACGAUAUCUAUUCUGUUGUCUUUUGAAAAUUCACCUGAAAUCUUAAAAAACUUGGAACAGUCAUUUUAUCCAGCUGCAGAGUUUAUUUUGAAAAACGAUAUCGAGGAUUUCUAUCGUGAAUGUUGUGAGUUUGUGGAGAACUCCACAUUCUUACUAAGAGAUAUUACUCCCAUCAGCUGGAAAAUUUUAGAGUUGAUUGGAGAAUGUAAUAGAAAAACUGAUAGUAUGGUCUCUUAUUACUUAAGCGAUUUCAUGUUAGCCCUAAACAAUAUUCUUAUUUACGGAAAGGAUGAAUUAAGAAAGAAUGAAUUUUACACCAAGAUCAUAUUUGAAAUAUACCAAAAGGCUGUUAUCGCUGAAGAAAAUGCCCUAGACGAUCUUAGAGUAGUUUUUGAUUUAUCGCAAGAGUUGGUUCUUGCAUUAGAUGAGAAUUUACCCCAACAAUAUAGGGAGCGCCUGUUAACAGAUGUUGUCAACGCUAUUCUAACUCAAAAGAAUGAACUGAAAACUAAUGUUGUAUUUAGUGUGACUGCUUUUAAUGUCGUAAUUUCAAAUCUGAUAACAGAACCUUUGGUCACGUUGCAGUACCUAAAGCAACAGGGUUGUCUUGAAAUUUUCUUUCAGACGUGGGUUACGGACUAUAUUCCGAACUAUAAAAGGUGCUACGAUAUCAAAUUAUCAGUCCUUGCGCUGUUAAAAAUUAUAUUGAAGUUAGAAAGCAACGAUUAUUCUAUGUUGAACUUGGAAAAUUUGGUUCCAGAAUUAGGAAGCACUGUUACACAGUUAGCUUCAAGGUUACCGGCAGCGCUAAGGCAAUUAGCUAACCAACGCAAGGAAUUUUCAUCAUCUGGUCUCGAAGGGGAUGCCAAGUGGGAUGAAAAAUUCCUUGAUGUCGGCGACGACGAUGAGAAUGAUGACGAAGGGGACCUUGCCGAGAAAUAUCUGGAACUGAUAAAAAACAGAUCAGAUUCCUUAGACUUUGUAGAUGGUUAUGACGCAAAGGAAACCUUCGAUGACCUAGAAGAGGACCCAUUAACAGGGUCGAUCCUGGACACCGUUGACGUAUACAAGGUUUUUAAGGAGUCCAUUAUGAACCUACAACAUGUCGACAGUAAUAGGUAUCAGGGAAUUAUGAGACAUUUGACGCCGGCUGAUCAAGAACUGUUCAUGGGAAUUAUGAACGCCUGA